AGUGACAUAUUUUGGUAAUUUUCUCUUAUGAACUCACUGCGACGUGUUUUGGAAUCACUGUUAUUUGUAACGCGUGUCGUACAAGAUGGCGCGUCAUCGUAAUGUAAGAAACAGGUGUUAUUCAGAUGAUUAUGAUUAUGACGAUGUUUACGGAAACUCUGUGGAAGAUGAAUUCGUUUUAUCGCCGAGUGAUACAUCGCAGUGGCUCUAUGACCGCUCUAAGAACCAGCAAGCUAUAUCGCACUUUAUUCCAGAAGAAACUGAGAACGAAGUAUUGGAUGACUCAUUACAGCCAAUACAAGAGCGUCGUGAGUCUGUGGAUUUGCGUAGCCUCAAUCUGCAAGAGGAAGAUGAAGUCAAACUUAUGUCUUGUCUCGACGAGCUACGAAAUGUGUUAGGCGACACAGUAUCAGAUAACAUCCUUAUACAAACAGUGUUGGAUCAUAAUUUUGAUUUUAACAAAGCUUUAGAUAAGAUUUUGAAUAAAGCUGAGAGAAAAGAACCUGGGAAACCCAAGGAAGAUUUGGUAAAAUCUGCUCUGGUUGUUGUUGAUCCUAUCAAAGCCCCAGUUAUUACAACAAAUAAAGUGGAAGUGCCUAAAGUUAUUGCUAGUAAUACCGAGCCUAAAGGCAUAGGUGUCAUCAAAGGUUUUAAAAUACAACAAGAUGGGAGUUCCAGUAGUCAGCCACAUACUCCAAGAGAUUUGUCACCUGCAAUGGAAAGGAUAAGCUCUCCAAAGCUAGAACAGUCUGAUGAAAGUAAAGUAAGUGUGAAGGUGAGGGAAAAUAAGGUAGAUCCUAAUAAACUAUAUUCAAAAGAAAGAGGAUCCGAGAAGGACCAUCUGUAUAUUGUAAUUAUAGGACAUGUUGAUGCUGGAAAAUCUACUCUUAUGGGACGUCUCCUUUGUGAACUUGGGGAAGUUAGCCAAAAAACUAUGCAUAAGUAUGAACAAGAGAGUAAAAAAAUUGGCAAACAGAGUUUCAUGUAUGCUUGGGUUUUGGAUGAAACUGGAGAAGAAAGAGUUAGAGGGAUCACAAUGGAUGUAGGCCGUUCCCAGUUUGAGACAAAGACCAAAAAGGUUACAAUUUUAGAUGCUCCAGGACAUGCAGAUUUCAUUCCUAAUAUGAUAACUGGAGCUGGACAAGCUGAUGUUGCACUAUUAGUUGUAGAUGCUACACGGGGAGAGUUUGAAUCAGGAUUUGAUUUUGGUGGUCAAACACGGGAGCAUGCAUUGCUUGUAAGGUCUCUUGGUGUAAAGGAACUAGCUGUAGCAGUAAAUAAACUCGACACAAGCAAUUGGUUGCAGGAGCGAUUUAAUGAAAUUGUAACAAAGUUGAAAGCUUUUUUGAAGCAGGCAGGAUUUAAAGACACUGAUGUGACUUAUGUACCCUGUUCUGGACUUACAGGAGAGAACUUAGUGAAACCUCCCAGUGAGCCUGAAUUGCUUAAGUGGUACAGUGGGCCCUGUUUAUUAGAUGUUAUAGACAAAUUUAAGGUGCCUCUGAGACCUGUAGCAAAGCCUUUCCGGAUGCCUGUUAAUGACAUAUUUAAAGGUACUGGCUCAGGAUUUUGUGUAGCAGGUAGAAUUGAAAAUGGAAUAGUGAAUAAAGGGGAUAAAGUUCUUGUAUGUCCAACAAAGGAAAUGGCAGAAGUUAGAAGUAUAAGCAUUAAUGACAUGUCUCAUAAUGUUGCCUUUGCUGGUGAUCAAGUCAGUGUGACAUUAUCAGGGAUAGACAUGCAAAAUGUUUCUGUGGGAUACAUAUUGAGUGACCCAGUACAACAGGUGCCCGUCUGUACAAAGUUUGAGGCUAGACUAGUGGUUUUUAACAUAAAAGUUCCUAUCACAAAAGGGUUUCCUGUACUCAUACAUCAUCAGUCCUUGGUGGAAUCUGCAAAUAUUGUUAAAUUGAAGGCUCUGUUGAGUAAAAGCACUGGAGAGUUAGUGAAGAAGAAUCCUCGGUGUUUAGGCAAGAACUCAGUUGCAGUUGUGAACAUUAAAGUAUGCAGACCUAUCUGCAUUGAAAGGUAUAAGGAUGUGAAAGAACUCGGACGCGUGAUGCUACGUGUUGCAGGUGUUACGAUAGCCGCUGGUCUGGUUACAGAUAUCUAUAAUACUUGAUUGAGCUGACAAUUACUCUAUUUAUUGUGUAAAUGCCUUUACACUGGCAUAUGUGGCAGUUAGCACCCAACUCAAUCGCUACAAUGAUGAAAAAUUGGAUAUGCAUGAUUUAGGACAUUUACAUGCAUUAUGUUGACUGCAAUAUUGUACAAUAAUGUAUCGU